UUCUUUUACAUACUUUUAUAUAUAACUUGAUCAGAAGUACUUGACAUCUGUUUCACCAGCUGAAGCAACGCUGUUUCAGUAAACAAAUGCAUUGAUCUGAGAAGUGGUUUGCUCUCACCUGAAUAAGAGGUUUCAUGGGUUGCAUAAUGCAGUACAGCACAAACAAACAAUACAAUAGGUAUACCAAAUCAGUAUGGUAAUUAUUACUGUCAUGGUAUUUAAAAAACAAACAAACAAAAACAUAGUAUUGCUGUCCAUUGCCAUAACUGUUUCAACAUCACAAUAGUUGUCUGUAAGUGAUAAAAGUAGCUCAGUGUGCAUGAUAAUGUAUUGUUUAGAUGUUCAUGUUUUCAUUAGCUAAAUUUGAAAAAUAUUUUUCUAAAUGCAGAGUUUUUUGGAGUCAGUUGUUAUCAGUGUGUUUGCAGGCGUGUUUGUGGAUCCAGGGACAGUGAUAAAGAGCUUGACUGUACCUCUUAAAUAAACACCAUUCAAAGGCAGCAGUUUAUAAUGUUUAACUUGAAAAGGGAAGUUAACAGCUGCUAUCCAUGUGAUCAGACAUGGCAGAACAAAGUCCAGCCAAAAAAUUAAGGAAACAGGUCAAGGGGUUUCUUUGCAAUGUGAGCCCCAUAAAAGACACAUAUUUUGAUGCCGUUCUUCAACAUGAAGGUGGAAAUAGCAAAGUUGUGGUCUUCAGACCAGAAGAUCACAUGCACUUCCACAAUGCUGAAAAGACCCGGAGUUUAGUUACACUUGAGGAUGUGGUUUUACAGUCGUCUAUUGAGUCCAGCAGAAGAAUGGACAUCUUCUACACUCACAGCUCUAAAAUGUCCUGCGUUCGCAACCUCGGAGAAGCAUUUAACAACUGCUUUUCUGCUGGACCACAAGCUGUGCAGUUGUCGGAACUCCUUAAACUGCAUACAAAACCAAAGAGGGUCAACAUCAAUGCAAAGAUUAUCCAGGAGGUGCGCAGGGGAAACAGUGUUAUAUGGGACAGACAGAAUCUUCCCAGAACUGAAUAUACUGUAGCAGAUACCACAGGCUGCAUGAGUCUAACGGUCUGGUGUGAGCACAGCAUUACUGUCGGUGAAUGGUACAACAUCACAGACGUCUCUGUGAGAGAAAUCAGCGGCAAGACAUCCCUAUCAACUACCAAAGACACACAGAUCGUCAGCAUCCCAUCUCUAGGUACAGCAGCUGCUGUUCAAGUGCCGACAGAAACUAUAAGAUGUGACAUCAUUGGUGCAAACAUUAAAAAUCUCUUAAUUUGUCCUCGGAAACACAAACUGAAGAAUGUGACACUGUCAAGCCCAACUCUAUAUUGUAUCUCAUGCAACACACAUUAUAAAAGCACUGCCAUCAUAAUGAACUUUAGUGGUCACCUGGAUCUUAAACCAGAAACAGGAAAUGUUGUGAAGGCAAAGAUUGAAGACGAGGUCAUAAGGUCAGCGCUCACGGUCAAUCCCACUGCAUCCCCAAAGGACAUUAUUAAGAGCUUGAUUGCUCUGCCAGCCAUGCAGAUUACAAUUCGCGAGAACGUCAUUGUAAAGAUGGAAGAUGUUCCUCAGAAGACUGAUAUCAAGUCUGAAGAUGAGCCUCCUAUUAAAGUGGAACCUGUGAAAGAAUCCAAGUUUUAUUCACUAUUCAAUUCACAAGCCAGAAAAAGAACAUUUACUGACUGACUCUGAUAAUAGAAAAUCGUUACUUCCCAGUACUGUAUGAUUCAUAAACUUUAGACAAAAUCAGAAUAAAGACAGUCUAACAAAGACUCCCAGGAUGUGUAAAUACUUUUAACAUUUAAAUACCUUUUUUCUUUAAAGAAGUCAAUACAUAUGUACACACACACACACCUAUCUAUAAUUGUCAUUAUACAUACACAUACAUACAUAUAUAUUAUAUCUAUAUAUAUCAUUUAAUGUUAAUUUUAUAUUUUGUCUUUAGAUGAAACCUUAGAUGAAUGUUUAUUGGGGAAAAUGAAUGGAUUAAAUAUUAUUUCCAAAUAAUUUCUAUUUAAUGAUUACACAAAAGGUAAGCUACUUUUAUUAUUACAUGCCAUAGAACUAGUUUAUUUAAAAUGUUAGUUUUAAAGUCUAAGUUAAUUGGUGGUGAGAUAUUGAUUGUGAUGUUAUUUCCCUUUGCAUUAAAAUGUUGGUGAUGUCACAAUCUGUAGAUUUUCUGAGUAACUGCAGAGAAAAUAAAUGUGAACAAAUGUUGUUUCUUUUUGGACCAUU